UAUCACCUCUUCUUUAUUAAUAUUUUAGUCCUUAAAGUUUACUAUCCUAUAUUCUUGUUCUACCCCAUAGCCUAUUUAUUAUUUCCGAGAAUUUUUACUUUAUCUUUUAUCACAAUAUUUAGCUAGAUAUGCCUUAAAUUUCUUCCAAUCCUCUUUUCUUUCUGGUCGCGGAUUCUUCCCGUCUGGUCGGCCAGCUCCGAAAAGACCAGCAUCUUCACCUGCCAUUCUUGGCAUUUCUUGCGGAGCCGCUUUCAUUUUCCCUCUCCCAACGUGCCUCACAAGUAGCCGGCGCUGCUGCACCUUUACUUUCUUAUCUCUGUGGCGUCCCUGUCGCUUUCCGAUUGGGCGGCAUCCCUGCGAGGCGCCCCUCCCUCUCCUCUUCCCGAUUGGUCUCUCGCAAGAGCCUCGCGGCAGCUAUUGGCCAAAGACCCGUCCAUCCGGGCCUCGACGGGAGCGAGUGGGCGGCGCCGCCUUUUCGUUGCCGGGGCAACCAGGUGGGCCGAGGGAGGAGCAAGCGCGGCCCCGCCCCCUGCCCUCCCUCGAAAUGCAAGAGGAGCAGGACAGGCCCAGGCCGGGAUCAUCGAUAACCAUCACGGAUCUGCCGCCCAGCCACACAAAGCAUCCUUCCUAUUUGCCCUCCCUCCGGCCAGCCGAAAUGAAGGGCCUGCAGGUGUCAUUCUGGAGAGCCCCCUCUCUCCCUGCCUGUGGCGCUCCAGUCCCCCUUGGGCCUUGGCUGGCGUAGUCAGAGGCCGGGUGGCGCUUGGCCUCGGCCCUUGCAGAUCUCCUCCCUCUCGCAGCUGCCCUUUGGCCGGCCGGCCUGCGCCCAACAGGCGAGAGCAAAGGCCAGCACUGACCAGAGGCUGCCAGGACUGCCAUGCCCGCUCCCCAUGGCCCCGAGGCGCCCCUGGGGCUCAAAGGGUCUGGCCUGCCUCUGUCUCCUGCUCUCCUCCAUCCCGCUCUGGUGCCUCCUGCUCCUGCCCGAUGGUGCCCAGAAGCUGCUGGGGGCCUCCAGCCCUAUCUUUGCUGCCUGGCAGGAGCCCCCCCAGAGGACCCACUCUGGAGCCGGAAACGCAGCCGGCCAGGGGGUGGACUUUGGGCCUCUGUUCUCCGAAGCUGGCUGGGAGCCACACUGUGAGCCUGGACAGGUGCUCUUAAUCCUCGUGACGUCGGCCCCAGGAAACGCAGAAUCCCGGCAGGUGAUACGGAGGACCUGGGCUGCGCAAGAGAAGCCCCAGCCUUACCCGUGGCAGGUCGUGUUCCUGGUAGGCCGGGGCGCAGGUGAGGAGGCCUCCCGGCAGAUCCAGCAAGAGCAGGAGGACUUUGGGGAUGUCCUGGUGGGGAAUUACCUGGACACCUACCGCAACCUCACCUUGAAGGUCCUGCAUGGCGUCCGGUGGGCCCUCGGCCGCUGCCGGCCCAGCUACCUCCUCAAGACGGACGACGACUGCUUUGUCAACACCGAGUGGCUGCCAGAGUUCCUGGCCAGGCAAAACACCCUCCGGAGCGGCCUCUAUGCAGGCUCCGUCUUUGCCCGGGAGAAGCGGAAAGUCAUCCGGCAUCCCUCCAGCAAGUGGUACGUGCCACGGGAAGCCUAUUCCCCGGAAGAAUACCCGCCGUAUGCCAGUGGCAUCGGCUACGUCCUGUCCCUGGACGCAGCCGCGAGGGUCCUGCGGGCGGCAGAGAGUGUUCCCCCCAUCCCGGUGGAAGACGCCUACGUGGGCAUCUUGGCUCAGCGGGCCGGGCUGCGGCCCAAGUCCAGCGCCCGCUUUGCCAAGCAGAACGCCAGGUGGCGAGUGUGCAACUUCCGCUACCUGAUGGUGGUCCACAGCCUCAGUGCGCCAGAGCAGGAGCUGGCCACGCGGAGAAUGCGGGAAGCCCGGCACUCCUGCAGAGACAGGCCGGAGGUCACCAGGUGGUGAGCUGGAGAACGCAGCAUUGGGGGGUGGGGGCCUUGCCCUCCUCCUGCUCCGAGUGCGGAUCACAGCAAGAGCCUAGCGCUGUCCUCCUCAGGCUCCUUCCCCAACAGGCUCCUUCCAGCUAGAGAAAGCAAGUCCUGCUGGCAUUUUUGGCGGAAAGGUGGGAUGUAAAGGAAACAAACAAUAUUCUGCAGGCCCAGCAGAGCCUGGAUGUGCCAAGGGCCUCUUGGCAACAAAGGGAGCCCCAGGAAGAAACGAGGCUCCACCUUCAAGUCUGCCAGGCACCCUUGGCCCAUCUGGCCCAACACGGCCCACUCUGACCGGCAGCAGCUCUCCAACAUCCCAGGCAGAGGGAGGGCCUUGUCACUGGACUUGGACGUGGAGCGUCCCGUACCUGGAGGAUGUGAUCCAGCACUGGGUGCUUUCUUUGUGCCUGUUGCAGCAGCCGGAAUGAGGACUGCGAAGCCUGCAGGAAACUCUGCAUCAAUUGGGCAAAACGCCCCCCCUCACACAUAUAGUGGCACUUCAGGGAGCAGAAAGGGCGACUGUUUUGCCAGGAGCCACUCAGGCACACACCCCCCCGACCUAUUUCAGGACAGCCUACUUCCGACCAUGUGAGAGAGGGACUGCGAGGCACUGAAUAGCUGCAAUUCCUGCAUUUUAGCAGCAAUUCUUGCAUUGCAGAGGUCAGACUAAAUGGGCCUUUGAGUCCUUUCCCAAACUACAAUUUUGAGAUUCUGCAAACAGGCAUUAUUAACAACACAUGCUAAUCCUAACCCUAAUCCUAAUCAACAACUAAUCCUAAUAUAACUCAUUAGGAUUACUAAUUUCAACUAGAAACUCAUCUCAGCUCCUCCCAGUAUUUUAUAGCCCACCUGUGGUUUCUGAUCUGUAAAGUGGUGCUUUUUGGGUGGAAGGGGAGGACACCCACCCCCACCCCCACCCCCUGCCUGGAACAGUCAGCUCAGCUUGUUGGUGCUGCAAGCUGGAAAUGAAUGGGGCAAGAUAUUCUCUCCCCACGCUGGGGGGCUGGAGGGCAAGCACACACAGCCCUUGGCCCUUCAGAAAGACCCAGAGUCAUGAGUCCUAAUGGACGGAGGGUUUCUUCCCCCUUGGGGGAUGCUAUCUGCCUUUUAUCUCCUUCAAGGCUUAUAAUUUUGCAGCAAUCAGCUUCGGUUCAGAAAUGGUUCUGGUUCUCCUGUGGAAUAAGCCUGUGUCACACCACUUCAGACUCUAGGCAAAGGCUUAUUAAAGUGAAGUAAAAGCAAUGCAGUGGUACCUCGGGUUACAAACGCUUCGGGUUACGUGUUUUCAGGUUGCGGACCAUGGGAAACCUGGA